AUGAGGUUCAACAUGCCUGGAAACUCAUCAGAGCCUACUGGGACGAAAGCUCCUCCGACGAGGAAUCUUUACUACUCUUACGACGUGGGUUCGGUUCAUUUCGUUUAUAUCUCCACUGAGACGAAUUUUCUUAGAGGAGGGAGACAGUACGAGUUUGUAAAGCGUGAUCUAGAGUCUGUGAACAGGGAGAAGACGCCGUUCGUUGUUGUGCAAGGGCACAGGCCGAUGUACACUACGAGCAACGAGGUUAGAGAUGCGAUGAUUAGGCAAAAGAUGGUCGAGCAUUUGGAACCGUUGCUUGUGGAGAACGACGUGACGCUUGCUCUGUGGGGACAUGUUCAUAGAUACGAAAGGUUUUGUCCGAUGAGGAACAACACUUGCGGGAAGCUGUGGAGAGGAAGUCCGGUUCAUCUUGUGAUCGGUAUGGCUGGUCAAGAUUGGCAACCGAUUUGGGAGCCGAGACCGAACCAUCCAGGUCUUCCUAUAUUCCCUCAGCCUGAACAGUCGAUGUACAGGACGGGUGAGUUUGGGUACACACGUUUGGUUGCGAACAAAGAGAAGCUCACUGUUUCGUUUGUGGGUAACCAUGAUGGAGAAGUUCAUGAUACGGUUGAGAUGUUGGCAUCUGGAGAAGUAAUCAGUGGGAGCAAAGACGAUACUGUUAAGACCGUUCCUGCAUCUGCAACACUUGUGGGAAAAGCUGAGUCUAAUGUCUCUUGGUAUGUCAAAGGAGCAGGCUUGAUGGUUAUGGGUGUGCUUUUAGGGUUCAUUGUUGGGUUUUUUACCAAGGGAAAGAAAGGAUCUACACCUGAUAACCGUUGGAUCCCAGUCAAGAACGAGGAGACUUAA